CCAAUUUCCCGACGCGGCCGCUUUUUACCUUUUCCCCUUUAUUACAGGCUGUCAUUUCUCAAUGAAAACACAAGCUUCGCUCUGCACACACAUUCGUUACGGGAAGCCCGGCGGCAAUGGGAUACUGCUUUUUUCUUUCUUUUUUCAUUUCGAAUUAAUUAAAAUACAUCAAUGACACGAAAUCGGACUGCAGCUGUGGACAAUUCAAGGUGCCGUUAGCGAGCAGUUGAUGUGCACAACAAGAAGAUUGACGCUAGUCGGCACGAGCGCUGACGUCACCGACCACAGAAACAACAACUAACCCGCAAACUCGAGCAUCUUUCCCCCGGGGCUCGUCAUUGCGGGUAUAGUGGAGCGGGACGUCGGUGUGCGGGGCGCGGGGAGCGGAUCGGUGUCGGUUAACAUACCCGGGCGGGGGGAGGACAGCAUGGCUGCUGCGAGGGGAGCCGGGCGGUCCGCCUCGAUAUGGGACAAUAUGCGGGUCCGGUUCGUCGUCUGCUUCCUCGGAGUCUUCGUGUGUUACUUUUACUACGGUAUCCUGCAAGAGACCAUCACUCGAGGGGAUUACGGUCAGGGAGACCGAAAGGAGAAGUUUAGGUUUGCCCGGACGUUGGUCUUCAUCCAGUGCAUUGUCAGUGCUGUGUUUGCUAAGAUCUUGAUUGUAUUUUUUGAGGGCUCCAAGCCGGAUCACACCAAGAGCUGGCUCUAUGGGCUGUGCUCCCUCUCUUAUCUCGGAGCCAUGGUGUCCAGUAACUCGGCCCUUCAGUAUAUCAACUACCCCACACAGGUGUUGGGUAAAUCCUGCAAGCCCAUACCAGUGAUGAUCCUCGGUGUGACUAUACUGAGGAAGAAGUACCCGCUGGCUAAGUAUCUGUGUGUGCUGCUUAUUGUGAGCGGUGUAGCGCUGUUCCUCUAUAAACCCAACAAGAGCUCAGCUGUUGCAGAUGACCAUGUUUUUGGGUUUGGAGAGAUUCUGUUGCUAGUCUCUCUGACAUUGGACGGGUUGACCGGUGUGGCUCAGGACCACAUGAGGGCUCGCUUCCAGACCAGUGCCAACCACAUGAUGCUGAACAUCAACUUGUGGUCCACUCUGGUGCUGGGGCUCGCGGUUUUGUCGACAGGGGAAAUAUGGGAGUUCCUAAGUUUCACCGAACGGCACCCCAGUAUCAUCUACAAUAUCGUUCUGUUCGGACUGACCAGUGCUCUCGGACAGACCUUCAUCUUCAUGACGGUGGUGUACUUUGGACCUCUGACUUGCUCCAUCGUCACCACCACAAGGAAGUUCUUCACCAUCCUCGGCUCAGUUAUCCUCUUUGGCAACGUCAUGAGUACGAUGCAGUGGUUUGGAACCAUCCUCGUGUUCCUCGGUCUCGGAUUUGAUGCUAAAUUUGGCAAAACCCCCAAAAAGACAACAAACUAAAACUUCUGGAGCACACAAGAGACAAAAACAUUUCAAAUGAAAACACUCUCCAGCGAGUAUCUUAUUUUCAUAAGACGUCCGUUAUGAAUUCUUAGUACGAACAGAUAUUUAACUUAAUUGUAUUUAAAAGAGUCCGGCCUCUGCUAUAUACUGUUUAUGUACUGAAAAGACGUUUUACUUGGGAUCAAAUCCUGAAUGUACUAUGACAAGCAUUGCAUUUUUUAAACCACACUUUUGUGGAGUAUUUGGACUGGUUGGAAGACAUUGGGGGAUAAUACUGUAUUUAGACAAAUCUUUUACGUUUCUGAAACCAGCUCAUCUCCCUUGGAUGGAUGUUGAAACCAAACAAGGCGUAUAACUAAGAACUAUCCAUCAAGUCAUGCUUGGUUUACAAUGUGUUGCUUCAAUAAGUGUAAUCAUUACAUAUGUAGUUUAUUUCUUGGCAAACAAUCAAGCAUGUAGCUUUUCAUUCAUAAAACAUGGUUGUAACUUGUGUUAUAUCAAAUGUUACUAUCAAAGUGUUUUUACUCUUUAUUUUCUACAAAAUGAAAAUAACUUACCAUUAAAGGGAAAUUGUGAUAUU